UGAUUUGUAUUUGAGAGUGUAUGUAUGUAUUAAGUUGUACUGUGCGAACAGUAAUCGUUUCGAGUCCAUGAAAUUUUCCAUUACGACACCUUAAAACAUAGAAAUUUUCGAAAAACACCAAACAAAGUUUAAUAACGAGCGUAUUUGAUGAGUGUGACAAGCGGUAUUGUACGAUUGGGUGUAUAUUGAGCGUGAAUUUUUUGUUAUUUGAGGGAGAAUUUUCGCGAAGUGAUUGAGAAAGGUUCUUCCCUUUUUGUACAAGUGAAGCAUAUAUAUUUUUGCAAAAAUGCUCACUUUGAUUUGUAAGCAAACUUCAGGAUUUACCUUACGUGCACAGGGUGUGCGUAUGAUAGGCAGUUGUAUACCCAAAGAUAAAAUUGAUGAUUUCCCUGUAAAAAAUGAACCCGUUCUCACAUAUCUGAAAGGCUCAGCUGAACGUAAAAACUUAGAGAAAGCACUGGAAGAAACAGCGUCGCAGAUUGAAGAUGUUCCUAUUAUUAUUGGCGACAAAGAAAUACGUAACAAUAAUGUUAGAUAUCAAGUAAUGCCACAUAAUCAUCAGAAAAAGAUUGCGAAAUUUUACUACGCUGACAAGAAAGAAAUUCAAAGUGCAAUUGAUGUCGCUGUCAAAGCACAAAAACAAUGGGAUAACGUACCAAUCUCGAAACGAUUGAAAAUAUGGGAAAAAGCAGCAAAUUUAAUGGCAAACGAAUACAGAGCGAAAUUAAAUGCAACCACAAUGUUAGGUCAAGCAAAAACUAUUGUUCAAGCUGAAAUUGAUGCUGCCGCAGAAUUAAUUGAUUUCUUUAGAAUGAAUGCAUAUUUCUUCAAAGAAGCAUUAAAAUAUCAACCAAUAUCCGAGAAUCCAAAAGUCACGUUAAAUUCGAUGAGAUAUCGUGGUAUCGAUGGAUUUAUUGCAGCUGUAUCACCAUUCAAUUUCACUGCGAUUGGUGGAAAUUUAGCUUAUACACCGGCAUUAGUGGGAAAUGCUGUUUUAUGGAAACCAUCAGACACAGCCCUCUUAUCCAAUUACACAAUAUUCAAAAUAUUACGUGAAGCUGGUGUUCCACCAGGUGUUGUCAAUUUUGUUCCUGCUGAUGGUCCCGAUUUUGGAGACACAAUCACUGCCUCAAAACAUUUCGCUGGUCUUAAUUUCACUGGAUCUGUUCCAACAUUUAAUCGAUUAUGGAAACAAGUUGGACAAAAUAUUGAUAAAUAUAUCAAUUUCCCACGAUUAAUCGGUGAAUGUGGUGGUAAAAAUUAUCAUUUUGUUCAUCCAUCCGCCGAUAUCAAAACAGUGAUACCAGCAACAAUUAGAUCAUCCUUUGAAUUUUGUGGACAAAAAUGUUCAGCUUGCUCACGGAUGUAUGUUCCAGAAUCAUUAUGGCCAAAAAUCAAAGAUGGUUUAUUAGAAGAACGAUCAAAAUUAAAAAUAGGUGAUCCAACAAAAAUUGAAAAUUUUACAUCGGCCGUAAUCGAUGACAAAGCAUUCGACAGAAUUAAAGGCUAUAUUGAGCAUGCUAAGAACAGUUCAAAUCUAACGAUAUUGGGCGGUGGAAAAUGUGACAAUAGUGUUGGAUACUUUAUUGAGCCAACAAUCGUACAUACAACCGAUCCACUUGAUAAGAUCAUGACUGAGGAAAUCUUUGGACCUGUGUUAACAAUUUAUGUAUACAAAGAUAACACUCUUGAUGAGACCUUGAAAUUGGUUGAAUCAUCUACACCGUUUGCUUUAACUGGUGCAGUUUUUGCUCAAGAUGAGAGUUUCUUAAAACGUGCUUUGGAAGAAUUGAAAAUUACAGCUGGUAAUUUCUAUGUAAACGACAAAUCAACGGGUAGUGUUGUUGGCCAACAGCCGUUUGGUGGUGGAAGAAUGUCAGGCACAAACGACAAAGCUGGUGGUCCACAUUACACGCUACGAUGGGCAAGUCCUCAAGCAAUUAAGGAAACAUUUGUACCUCAAACAGAAAUAUAUUAUCCUUACAUGCAUGGAAAGUAAACAUUUCUUUAGUCAGAAAAUCACAUGAUCCUAGCAUAUCUGCAACAAUUUAAAAAAAAAAAAAAAAAAUUGAGCAAUUCAUUUAAAAAAAACCGUACUGAAUUAUCACACCGUCUUUCACACACGAGUAUGCGCAGUGUAUGCUAGAUAAUUUAUCAUUAUGCUCUUAAAUAUUUAAGUAAAUGUCAAAAAUGACUGUAGUCUAAAAUUUUGCAUGUCAAGAAUUUUCUUUUAAAUUUUAUUUUUUUAUUCGAGUAAUUCCAAUUUGUUGAUCAAAAUGUUCUCAAUAGCGUAUUUCCCUCCCAAAUAUUGUAAAGAUCCAAACCAGAAAAACCGCGAGUACAUUUCGAUAAACAAGGAUUUGUGAUGAUUAGCAAUAAUUUAAAAUAAAAGAAUAAAAUAUUUUUUAGUAGCUUUGUGAUUUUGAAAAUGAAGCACCGACAUACAUUUUCCACCAUCCACAAAGUUUUCAUAAAUCAUUAAGCUAUUAAAUUCCAAAAAAAGCAACCGGUGAUCAAUUUCAUUCCGUUUUCAAUUUUUGACUACAGUCUAGCUCUUAGAUGAGAUCUUGAAGGUCUCUUGUUGUUUCAAAAAAAAUGGUACAAUAAAAACAUUUUUUUUUUUCAUUCUGUAUCCUAUGAGGAAUAAAUUUAGGAAUAUUUUUUUUUCUAAAAUCUAUGUUAGAUUGAAUAAGAUUUUAUGUUUUUCUUUCAAGAAAAUUUGUUAAUUUUUUUGCACAAUUUAGAUCUAAUUUACAAUGAAAUGUUACAAAGAAUUGACUUGGAUAAUUUACAUAAUCUUAAAUGCCAAAAAUUUUCCUCCUUGGAGUUCAAAAAAAUAAAGAUACGAUUUUUUAGUGGCCAAUGUCAUUUGCUUUUUGGAUUAUAUAACCAUUUAAAGAAGCUACUGUUCUUCUAUUGAAAAAUAUUAUUUUCCAACUUUAACUAUUUCAAAUUUUAGGCUUAAAAUACUCAGUGCUAUUAUCAAAAUAUGUCGCCAUUGUCGCUAAAUUUAAGAAAAAAUAUUUUAUAAUAUUCAUCUAGAGGAAAAUUGCCCAGGAUUUAAAACUAAAUUUAUUGCUGAAGCGAAACGUAUCUAAAAAAAGGCAUGGACUUACAAUUAAAUGGAGUAUUAUUGAUUUUGUAAUAUAUAAGUUUUGGGCCAUUGUUGUGAGUCUGAAUCUUGAUUUUCAAUCGUCAGGAUGCUGUGCUAACAAAAUGUUGGCCGAACAACUGCGAUGUUGUCACACUUUUUUGGAUUUUUACCAAUACCUCCGCACAGCAUCCUGACGAUUUAAAAUCAGGGUUUAGACUUACAAUAAUAGUCUCAAACGUAUAAUGUAAGCUAAAUCAAUGUACGUUUAGCUCAGCUAUAAGCGUAAAAUAAUCGUUCAGUUAUUUUGAACAAUCCGUGUUCAAGUGGCAUUCAAAUGAAGUAUAAAUUGUAUCUUUCCUUGUCUAAAAAAGACUUUUUACCUGUUUUUUAUGAGAGAGUGUACAGUUUGGAAUACAUCCAUCCCUCCCUGCGUCUAUGUAGUCUACCGUACUCUACAUAGUUUUUUUUUAUUAUCAAGCCAGAAAUCCUUUUGUAUUUUCUAGUUCUAUUCUCUCUAGCUAGUUCGAACGUGAUUAAUCUAUAGACGCUGUACAAUAUAUGACUAAAACUCACACGUACAUAUGGCAUUGUAAGAAUGCAGGGAUCUUAAAAUAUAAAAGGAGCCGAUUUUGCGAAUUACGUAGUUUGACGUCAUUGCCACUUCAUUUUGAACUAAUCCUCUCUUGCUCAUGACCAGGCCACUUGGUUUAUGAACGCUCUCUACUAUUGAGCGUACCCUAUGUAAAUAAAAGCUUUUCCUUUUCACUACUUCAUAUUGCCAGAGUUUGGUGCUAUACAAUUGAUUUUAUGGUUGAAAUUGUAAAUUCAGAUUCUAAUUAAACUUUAAAAAAAAAUGGGUAAGGGAAAUAUAUUGAGCACAAUAUUUGAGAAAAACAAAAUCUUAUUCAUUCAAAAUUUGUUUAAAACAAAUUUAAAAAAAUAAGU